AUGGCCCAGCCCUACCCCCCCGCCCAGUACCCCCCGCCACCGCAGAACGGCAUCCCCGCCGAGUAUGCCCCACCCCCGCCGCACCCCACGCAGGACUACUCAGGCCAGACCCCCGUCGCCCCGGAGCACGGCAUGACCCUGUACACACCAGCACAGACCCACCCUGAGCAGCCGGGCCCCGAGGCCAGCCCGCAGCCCAUCACCGGGGCCCAGACCGUGCCGCAGACAGACGAGGCGGCACAGACGGACAGCCAGCCCCUCCACCCCUCCGACCCCACAGAGAAGCAGCAGCCCAAGAGGCUUCACGUCUCCAACAUCCCCUUCCGGUUCAGGGACCCCGACCUGCGGCAAAUGUUCGGGCAAUUCGGAAAAAUUUUAGACGUGGAGAUCAUUUUUAACGAGCGGGGCUCCAAGGGCUUUGGGUUUGUAACUUUUGAAACUAGCUCAGAUGCUGACCGAGCCCGGGAGAAGCUGAAUGGGACGAUCGUAGAGGGACGGAAAAUUGAGGUCAAUAAUGCCACCGCCAGGGUCAUGACCAACAAGAAGACUUCGAAUCCCUACACCAACGGUUGGAAGCUCAACCCUGUGGUAGGCGCCGUCUACGGGCCUGAAUUCUAUGCAGUGACGGGGUUCCCCUACCCCACCACAGGCACGGCCGUGGCCUACAGAGGCGCACACCUACGGGGCCGGGGCCGGGCCGUGUACAACACGUUUCGGGCUGCGCCACCCCCGCCCCCCAUCCCAACUUACGGAGCGGUCGUGUAUCAGGACGGCUUUUACGGUGCUGAGAUUUACGGAGGUUACGCAGCCUACAGAUAUGCUCAACCGGCAGCGGCAGCAGCAGCAGCCUACAGUGACAGUUACGGCCGAGUCUAUGCCGCUGCCGACCCCUACCACCACACCCUCGGCCCCGCGGCGACCUACAGCAUCGGAACCAUGCCUCAGAUAUCCCAAGCAGCCCAUGGUAACCGCUGGUAGCCACAGGGAGCAGGCCUCUCGGGGCCCCACAACCCCUCCCAGAUGGAGGCCGCAAACCUGCGGCUUACAGGCCCCUUGGCUCCGGGAUCAGCUCCGCCGUCCACGCAGCUGAUAGCUGAAGGCUUGCUUUAAUGCACAGAGGGUUCCCUCGCUAGCCUCUGCCGAGGAGGGUACAGCCGCUUCACCCCCUACUAGCAAGAGGCCCGGCCCCUAACAGCAUUCACAGACUGUCUAGCACACACCAAACCCAGCAGCCCAAAGCCAGGCACGGCGGCCAGGAGCACAGGGCGCCGCCGAAGUCCAUAGGCUUUACCUCCAGCCAGCGGGGCCCCCCUCCCGAUGGCGCGCGUGUCUCUGACCCUGGUUACCCCCGUGUGUCUGAAACCUCAGUCCCCAUUUUGGCUUUGUUGACGUUGUGCCCGCCCCACCCCUAAGCCAUUUCAGUGAGAGCUUCUGCCGUCUCCGGCUCGGACCGCGAAGGGCAAAAACAAAAAAACAAACAAAAAAAUCACAAAACAAAAAACCCAACAAAAAAAGAUGUUAAGAUCCAAGCAACACAAAACCAACCGAACCAAGACGCAUCCACCACCUCCAGGUCUCACGCGCCCGGAGCCGCAGUGAGGAGCCCCCGCCCGGCUGGGACAGCCGCCGCGCCCCUCCCGAUGGGGCAGGGGCGGGC